CAGUUUUAUGCGUCACAGUGAUCGAUCAAUCGAUCGAGAGAAACUGAGAAAGGGAGAUGGCUGGGAAAUUGAGCGGCGUGGCGUCCCGCAUCUUGGGCAGCAACGGCGUCGCUGCCCGAUCCGCCGCCUCCGCCUUCCGUACUCGUGCCGGCAUGGGUCUACCCGUCGGCAAACACAUCGUCCCCGAUAAGCCCCUUCCCACUCACGACGAGCUGGUCUGGGACAACGGUAGUGCGUACCCGGAGCCCUGCGUAGAUCGGAUCGCCCCCCACAUCGGGAAGUAUGAAGCAUUGGCAUGGUUAUGCGGCGGGUUGAGUUUCUUCGUGUCGCUAGGUUUGCUGGCUGUUUGGAAUGACAAGGCGUCCACGAUCCCCUUCGCACCCAAAGUUUAUCCAUAUGAUAAUCUUCGCAAGGAGCUUGGUGGAGAGCCAUAAUAUAUGCUCAAGUUGUGGUUAGUCUCAAGAUCAAUUGCUGAUCUUCUGGUGCUACAUUUUCGCUGUUUUUAAUUGCAAUAAAUAUACAUAGUGAAUACUGAAUGUGAUUUAUUUUUUGCUUUCUGCCAUUUGCUGUACGUUUUUUCUUAUCAGAAUGAAGCUUGUUGGCUUUGGCUUGCUUUCUCUUA